AUGGCCAAGGUCCUCCACACAGACAUUAACAACAUCACGUGGUCAGACCACGCAGACAUAACACUCACGCUAGGCAGCCUAUGUUACAAGUCCAAUUGGUCUUGGAGGCUUAAUACUAGCCUCUUAAGAGACGACACAACACAAGCCACAACCCGACAAGCCAUCACAGAAUACUUUGAGAUAAACGUAACCCCCGAAGCUAGCCCUACCGCGAUCUGGGCAGCGCAUAAAGCAGUACUACGCAGCCACUUCAUUAAACUAGCCACACAGAAAAAGCGGGCUAAAACAAAACAGCUACUCGAGCUACAGUCUGCCCUACGUAAAAAAGAGCAACAACACAAAACGAAUCCGACAGACUUGAACCUUAGGGAACUCAAUAACCUCGGACACUCUAUCAGGGACCUCACCUUGGAGGCGGUAUCACGCUCUAUCCUAUGGUCCAAACGCUUGUUUUACGAGAAAGCAAAUAAGACAGAUACACUCUUGGCUAGGGCGCUCCGCCCGAGACCGCAAGGCAAAAUCAUAACAAAAAUACGCACAACAGAUAACACACUAGCCGAAACGCCCGACGAGAUUAAUGCAGUGUUCACCUCCUACUUCUCAGAACUAUACAACCAUUCCCCCCGCCUCCGGGCCACCAACGCGGCCUACAUUGCAGACAUACACCAAUUUCUCUCUGAACUCCCAAAGGUGCGGAAGCGGGGCGGAAGCACUACAAGAACCAAUCACACAACUCGUGGUGGAGGCAGCCAUAGCUUCCCUGAAAG